AUGCUGGACCCGGACCGCGGGCUGUCCCUCACCAUCGCGAGGGUCGUGCAGCGGCUGCAGGGCUCCAGCCUCCACUCACAGCUGGAGCGACAGGCCCGGGUUAGCCUACAUAAACCAGAAAUUAAGCUGGAAUCACUAAAAGAGGAUAUUAAGGAUUUUCUGAAGACAUCAGGUUGGGAAAAGAAGCUUCAGAAUGCUGUUUAUAGUGAACUCAAUGUGUUUCCUAUGCCCUGUCAUCCUGCAGCACCACCUGAACAUAUUAAAGAGCCUUUAGCCUAUAUGAGGAAAGCACAGGGAAGCUGGGAGAAGCGAAUUCUGAAAAGUCUGAACAGCAUGUGCACAGAACUCAAUAUCCCACUAGCACAGAAGAGGCCUGUAAAUGAACAAAAAGAACUACUUAAUAAAUGGAAUGAAAUGGGAACUGAUGAGCCAGAUCUAAGUCUUUUCCGGCCUGUUUAUGCACCUAAAGAUUUUCUUGAGGUACUGAUGAAUCUUCGAAACCCAAAUUAUGAAAAUGGAGAGCAGCCUAGUUUCAAAAAUCAUCUGGGACUAAUUCAGGUUCCCUUAAAAGUUAAAGAUAUUCCAGAAUUGAAAGAAGACUUUAGUGAACUAGGCUUAAAUAUAGGACAGCUGGGUAUUGAUGAUUCAGCACAAGUGCCUCCUGAGUUCUUUGAAAAUGAACAUGUACAUGUUGGGCAGAAAGUUUUGGCAGAGCAAGAUAGUGCUGCAGCUCAGCAGUAUGUUCGUCAGGGAUGUCCAACAGCACUCCGAGCUGAUCUGUGGGCCCUUAUUCUUAACAUUUCUAAUCAGCCAGAGGACAUCUUGUACUAUGAACAGCUUAAGUCAAAUGUGAUUGAACACGACCUUCUAGUGGAUAGCCUGAUUUACAAAGAUGUAAAGCUGACAGCAAGCAACGAUGACUACUAUUUUGUAUUUGAGGAUUAUUUGUAUCAGGUGUUACUGUGUUUUUCCCGAGAUACAUCUGUAUUGGAGCACUUUACUUACAGUAGUGCCACCCCACCCAAAUCAUACAUACGAGGAAAACUCGGAAUGGAAGAAUAUGCUGUUUUCUAUCCUCCAAAUGGUGUAAUUCCUUUUCAUGGCUUUUCUAUGUAUGUUGCUCCACUUUGUUUUCUGUACCAUGAACCUUCCAAAUUGUAUCAGAUAUUCCGUGAGAUGUAUGUGCGUUUUUUCUUCAGACUCCAUUCCAUCUCUUCUCAUCCCUCUGGCAUUGUAUCAUUAUGUUUGCUUUUUGAGACUCUUCUACAAACCCAUCUGCCCCAGCUCUUCUAUCACCUCCGAGAAAUUGGAGCUCAGCCGCUACGAAUUUCAUUUAAAUGGAUGGUACGAGCAUUUUCUGGUUAUUUAGCUACAGACCAGCUCUUGCUUCUGUGGGACAGAAUCCUGGGAUACAAUUCUCUAGAAAUUCUUGCUGUCCUGGCAGCUGCUGUGUUUGCUUUCCGAGCAGUCAACCUGAUGGAGGUGACAUCACUGGCUGCAGCUGAAGCUGUACUUGCUGACAUUUCAACCCUGAAAGUAAUGCCUCUUCUCCAAAUCUUCUUGUUUGCUACUGUCACUUGA